AUGGCUUCUUUUCUGGAUCUUGGUGUUUCUAAAUGGUUAUGUGAUUCUUUGGAGUCUAUGAAAAUUUAUAGACCUUCUCAAAUUCAACAACAUUGUAUACCUGCAAUUUUAAAAGGCCAUGAUUGUAUAGGUGGUGCCAAAACAGGUUCUGGUAAAACAAUAGCAUUUGCAUCUCCAAUUUUAACUAAAUGGUCAGAAGAUCCAUUUGGAGUAUAUGGAUUAGUAUUAACUCCUACUAGAGAAUUAGCAUUACAAAUAGCAGAACAAUUUAGUGCUUUGGGGUCUAAUAUGAAUAUUAAAUGUUGUGUAGUUGUUGGAGGGAAUGAUUUCGUUCAACAAACUAUUGAAUUACAAAAGAAACCUCAUUUCAUAAUUGCUACUCCUGGUAGAUUAGCUGAUCAUAUAAUAAACAGUGGUGAAGAAGUUAUAAAUGGGUUGAAAAGGAUAAAAUUUUUGGUAUUAGAUGAAGCUGAUAGAUUAUUAUCCAAUAGUUUUGCGUCUGAUUUACAAAGAUGUUUUGAUAUAUUGCCUUCAAGUGAUCAAAGACAGACAUUAUUAUUCACAGCGACUAUAACGGACGCAGUUAAGACGUUAAAAGAUAAAUCACAAUCUAAAAAUAAACCACCAAUAUUUAUGUAUGAAGUAGAGACAGUGGAUAAAGUAGCUAUCCCAACAACUUUGAAAAUUAAUUAUGUAUUCAUUCCAUCACACGUUAAAGAAGCUUAUUUAAAUAGUAUUUUAAAUUUAGAAAGUUUUACACAUAAAAUUGCAAUUAUAUUCGUGAAUAGAACAAUAACGGCCGAAGUUUUGAAAAGAACGUUGAGAAAAUUAGAAUUUAGAGUCACUUCUUUACAUUCAGACAUGCCACAACAAGAGAGAAUCAACUCCUUACAUCGUUUCAAAGCUAACUCUGCCAAGAUAUUAAUAGCUACUGAUGUCGCAAGUAGAGGUUUAGAUAUACCUGAAGUUGAACUAGUUAUAAAUUUCGACAUACCUGCUAAUCCAGAUGAUUUUAUUCAUAGAGUAGGUAGAACAGCAAGAGCAGGUAGGAAAGGUACUGCAAUUUCAAUGGUUAGUGAAAAAGAUAUAGAUAGAAUACAUUCAAUUGAGGAAAGAAUAAAUAAACAAAUGGAAUUAUUGGAAGAUAUAAAUGAUGAUAUAGUUAUAAAGGAUUCUUUAGCUAUAACAUCAACUGCCAAAAGAGAAUCCAUGAUGGAAAUGGAUAAGGAAAAUUUUGGUGAACGAAAGAAGAUAAAUAAGGAAAAACAUGGUAAAAUAGUGAAACCAAAGACAACAAAGGCAAAGAAAUCCAAGAAGCGUUAA